GUCCAACCACCUGCCGCAAAAGCAACCAUCGAGCAAUCCUAGCCUCAAAGGCAGCUGCCAGCUUUCUACGGACACGUCGCAUACCCUCUCCGUCUCUUUCCACCCUGUGUUAUAGCCAUGGUCCCCCUGACGAAGCUAAACUUCAUCACCGGUAACAAGAACAAGGUGGCAGAAGUGAAAGCGAUCCUAGGAAAUUUGAUCGAUGUCGAGAACCAAGCCGUUGACUUGCCAGAAAUACAAGGCACAGUCGAAGAUAUCGCGACAGAGAAAUGCCGACGUGCGGCAAAUGCGAUCGGGGGUCCGGUUCUGACGGAGGAUACUGCUCUUGAGUUCCAUGCGCUGGGAGGACUUCCUGGUCCAUAUAUCAAGUCGUUCCUUGACGCCCUGGGCCAUGAAGGACUAAAUAAACUCCUUGACUCGUUCGAGACCAGGAAAGCAGACGCUGUUUGCACAUUUGCAUUCUGCAGUGGCCCCGGCUCAGACCCCGUCCUGUUCCAAGGUAGGACAGAGGGAGUUAUUGUGAGACCCAGGGGUCCAGCCAAUUUUGGUUGGGAUCCCAUAUUCGAGUACCACGGCAAGACAUAUGCUGAAAUGGACAAAAAGGAGAAGAAUGUUAUUUCACAUAGAUAUAAAGCUCUGAUCAAGUUGCAGGAUUGGUUGACCGAUGGAGGCCAUUGAUUUUACUCGUCCGAGUCCCUGUUGAAAGACGGUGUGGAUUUUCGGCUUUCCCAUGUGCAUCAGUCCGUAUCAUCUGCCCGGCUCUCUUUCCAAGACGCCACCCAGCUAGAAAUCCUUGCGCAGUUAGACUCUACAUCACCGUCCUUUUCACUAUCCAAUUCAACCACGACUUCCUCGUCAAAAGCUUCCCGAGCUUCUUCGAGAAGGACACCAAAUAUCUCCGCAUCCAAGUUUUCCUGCAGUUUUGUCUGGUUA